UCCCCUGCCGCAGGUCCGGGCCCAACGCGUGCGCCCUCUCCUGCCGCACGAGGGCGCCCUUGGCCUGCGCCCUCGGUGACCCCAGCCUGGGCGCGCCUAGGAGGCCCGGGUGGGAGGGAUCGACCGAGUUCGCAGUCCCGCACUUUGGGGCCCCGCCGCUUCCGCCAGUCCCCGGGGCGUCCCGGGGAAGCUUGGACGCAUUGCCUUGGGCUCUGAGCAGAUGAUCCUCUAGGCACCGCAGCCCACACCCCUGGCAGAUGAGACCAUGACCCACAUGUUGGCAGGAGGCCAGGCUUUCUGGAGAUGGGGCGAGGCUGCUGCUACCUCAAUUGUUUUUAGAGACAAGAGGACCCAGAGAGGUUUGGCUACUGUCGAACAGCCAGCCAGGGCUGAGAUGGCAGUUCACCCUGACCCUGCUCUUCACCGCCUCUUGGGAACCCUGUGCUCCCUCAGACCCCGCCUCUUCCCGCUUCUUCCGUUCUUGCUGUGGACUCUCCUGAGCUGUGAUUUGAGGGGUGCUGCCCAGGGUCCCGGAGAGUGGACGCCCUGGGGGUCUUGGAGCAGGUGUUCCAGCUCGUGUGGUCGGGGCGUCUCAGUGCGCAGACGCCACUGCGUCCGACUUCCCGGAGAGGAACUUUGCUGGGGCGACAGCCAUGAAUACCGGGUGUGCCAGCUGCCGGACUGCCCUCCAGGGACCACACCAUUCCGAGACCUGCAGUGUUCUCUUUACAAUGGCCACCCUGUCCUGGACACCCAGAAAACCUACCAGUGGGUGCCCUUCCACGGGGCGCCCAAUGUGUGUGACCUCAACUGCCUAGCUGAAGGCCACGCCUUCUACCACAGCUUUGGCCGCGUGCUGGAUGGCACCCCCUGUACCCCGGGGACUCAGGGUCUCUGCGUGGCAGGCCGCUGUCUGAGCGCAGGCUGUGACGGGAUACUGGGUUCCGGCACCCUCGAGGACCGCUGCGGCCUCUGUGGUGGCGCUAACGACUCUUGCCUGUUCGUGCAGCGCGUGUUCCGCGACGCCGGUGCCUUCGCCGGCUACUGGAACGUGACUUUGAUCCCCGAGGGCGCCAGGCACAUCCGCGUAGCACAGCGCAGCCACAACCACCUGGCGCUGGUUACCCGCGGCGGGCACUACGUGCUCAACGGUGAUGGGGUGCUCAGCCCGCCUGGCACCUACGAGGCUGCGGGCACCCGAGUGGUUUACACCCGCAGUGCGGGCCCGGAGGAGACUCUACAGGCGACCGGCCCCACCUCCCAGGAACUGUUGUUACAGGUGCUGCUGAGGGAGCCCAACCCAGGAGUGCACUUCGAGUUCUGGCUGCCCCGGGAGCGCUAUGGCCCCUUCCAGGCUCAGGUGCAGGCCCUGGGCUGGCCCCUGCGACAGCCUCAGCCUCGGGAGGUGGAGCCACAGCCUGCAGAGACUCCUGUAGUCCCCGAGGCCAUUCCUGCCCGUGUUGCAUCCCUGCCACCAGACCCCUGCGGGCCAUGCCCCGACAGCCGUGGUCGCGCACACCGGCUUCUUCACUACUGUGGCAGCGACUUUGUGUUCCAGGCCCGUGUGCUGGGCCGCCACCGCCAGGCCCAGGAGACCCGCUACGAAGUGCGGGUCUUGCUCAUCUACAAAAGCCGCACGCCUCUGCGUACUCGAGAGUAUGUAUGGGCACCAGGCCACUGUCCGUGCCCACCACUGGCCCCACACCGAGAAUACCUGUUGGCUGCCAGGCGACUCGUCAGCCCUGAUGGCACGCAGGAUCGGCUACUGCUGCCUCACGCUGGCUAUGCUCGACUCUGGAGUCCUGCGGAGGACAGCAGAGUUCGGCUGGCUGCCCGGCGCUGUCCAGUCUAAACCCCUGGAGGUUGGCUCCUCAGCAGGGCUCCUGUUCUGGCGUCCCAUGACUCAGGAAAAUCUCCCAUCUGGAAGCUCAUAUAUUUUAACCAGGGUCUCCCUGACUGGCCUGUAACUCUGUGUAGACCAGGCUAACCUUGAAGUUAUGGUGAUCCACCUGCCUCUGUCUCUGCAGUGAAUGCUGGGAUUAAAGGUGCAUUCCAUAUCUGAGAACUUUAAGGAGCUUCAAGAUACUGGGCUACUUUUCCUCGAAACAACUUCUGUUCGUUUCUUUUCAAGUUACUCUUUAAUUUUUACAAGAACGUGGAAAAAGAACAAAUCCCUCGCCCUUCACUUCCUGAGCUAUAGGACACCCUAGAAGAGUGGCAGGCACUGUGCACAGACACACUCCCAUUCCCAUCUUUUCCUAAUCUGCCGGGACACCCAGUACAGACCAGCACAGGAAGUGCGAGAGGUUUGGGCACACACAGGAACCGAUGUGCCUCCUCCUCAGUCCUCUAGGCUAUGGGUUCAUUUCCGCUGUAUAACAUGGGUGUCUGUCCUACAGUCGCUCAGCAAAUCAUCCCCAGUGGGGUGUCCCUUAAGGCUAUCCCUUCUGAGUCCUGAAUCUGUCACGUGGUCUAACCAGUUGCCCCACCCUUCUGCCUCAGUUCUCACAUCUGCUAGCUGUCUGUGAACCACUUAGCUCUCCAAUGACAAUUUACUGAGCACCGAGUGUAUGUGAAAGACCCAGCGAGUCCUGGGGAGAUGCCGUGCUGUGCCGGGAUAAGCAGGGGUCACUCUGUCUAACGGGCUUUCGAAGGUAGUCUUUUACGGCACUCCUCCCAAACUCCACACAAUGUAGGUCCGUUCUACAGGGAUUUGUGGAUUCCUUGCGCCCCCUGGUGGCUGGCCAUGGAUUCCCAGUUUGGGAGAUGGUCUACAAGGGGCCAGGGGCAGCAGGCUUCGGGAAACUUACACAACUACAAUGGCUGGCCAAUGUGACACGAGAGACCAGAACAGAGUCAUUCCUGACAUGGUCCCUGUGCUGAGCCUGAUGCACCCAGCAGGAGUAGUAGCAGAAACAUGGCAGAAAGGCACACGAUGCUGGUCGCACUAUGGUGAGGCUGUUGGGCUCCCCCAAGCCUGGAGCUGUCCCAUGAGGCCCCGACAUGUUAAGAUUCAAUCUGAAGGGGAAAUAAAAAACCACGAGAAGACAGCUGCUGCCCCAGGCCUGUGAUCCCAGCACUUGGGAGCAGAGCCCGUUUCAAAAUAAAAGGCCUGAGGCUCUGGCUGCACUGCAGAGUGUUAUGUUAACUCGAAGGCCUGGCAUCAGAUUCCCAGAACCCUGUGUAAAAGGCCGAAUGAAAGAUCUCUGGGGCUCACAGCCAGCGUAGCCAAAUCCAUGAUUUCCUAAUUCAGCAAGAGAGCCUGUCUCAAAAAACAAGAUGGAAGCCAGGUGGUGGGUGGCACAGAACUUUAAUCCCAGCAUGAG